AACGUAAAUAUUCUGUGGUACUGGUGAAGCAAAAAUAGUCAGCGAAAUUUAAAAAUCAAAUAAUGUCUGAAGAAAUUGUUCUCAUCACUGGAACAUCAUCCGGUAUCGGAUUGUCGACGGCUGCAUUGCUCGCAAAGCAAACAAAUAAUAAAUUUAAAGUGUACGCAUCAAUGAUGGAUACAGACGAAAAGAAUCAAUUGUUGGAGAAAACUGCUGGUUGUAGCAAUGUUGUUGUUAUAGAACUAGAUGUUCGUUCGGAAGAGUCUGUUAACGAUGCUAUAAAUCAAAUUUUGGGAAACGAAGGACGCAUUGAUGUUAUUGGUAAGAUUUCUUACAUACAUAAAUAUUCUGCUGCCUAUGUAAUUUUGAUAUUGAGCGAUGUUGUACACACGCACGAUUGUUCAAAUGAUUUAAUUUUGUUAAAAAUUCCCUAUUCUGCAGCGGAUAAAGAGAGUACCAUUGUCAAAAUUCAUAAUCAUACUUGCAUGGAUUUGCAUCUACAACAAUUCAUGUCAGUCAUAGAUAGUGAAAUAAGAUCGUUGUUCCUCUCACUGACUUCUUAA